AUGACCUAUCGACCCGGAUAUCUUGACUUACUUCCCUCACCAACCACUACAGCAGAUCCAGAGAGCACCCAGGACCGAAGCAUUGACCUGGACCCCUCUACAAAAUAUCUCACUUUCCUUCCGCACUCUGGGUUCCAUAACCAACGAACAGAGCUCGAGAACGCGCUGCUGUUGGCAAGACUCCUGAACCGGACGUUGAUCAUGCCAAAGGUAUACCUGGGUCCGCCCAUGCCCUGGCGUACUUUUCGGUUGCUGCAUACUCGGUUAUUGUAUCAGACCAAGAUUGGACUCGAGCAUUGUCGUGCGAUCAUUGAGAAUCAAGAAGAGAAAGAGAUCGAAGAGAGGCAAGAGCAGGCGAUGGCGUAUCAGCAAAUGAACGAGCAGAAGCAGGGCACCGAGGAAAGAAGUAUGGGCAGGAUGGAAUCCCAAACCCAUGAAGCAUUGUCGCCGCCUCUAUCAUCAUGGCCAUCACCACUACCACCAACACCACGGCCUCAGGAACCGUGGCAGCAGCAGAAACAGCAGCAUCGUCAUCACCAUCAUAAUCAUCACCACUCCCACUACCAACAGAGCCCUAGUGGCGAGGUACCAUCUCAGCUAAGAGCGCUUAAUGCUCAACAGCGAAACAGUCAAGGGUCGACCUCAAUUUCAAUUGAUAAAUUGGGUGCUGCUACAUCAGGUUUCCAGUUCACCGAGGAGAAUUCAACACCAAAUCCAUCAAUAGAAGAGGAUAUGGCACCAGAGGGGCGCCUUGACAAGGAAGCUCUCAUGGACAUCCUUAUCGAUGCGCGAGGGGAUGAAGAAGAGUCGGAAGAAGAGCCAUAUAAUCUAUCAGAUGUCCAACCGGACUUGGGCAGUGUCGAAGGAUCAUUUGAGACCGAUAAGAACAAUUUCUUCCAAGAGCAAGGUUCAGGCGAAGGCUUUGCAGGCGGCGAGGAGGAAGAGGUGCCGUCAUGGGUCGAGGAAUCAGCGGACGAGGACGGGAAUAAGACUAGAAUCGCAACUGGAGACAAUGUCAGCGACAUCGUGAACCUGGAAGAAGAUAUCCAUUCCGACGAGAAGUUAGAUCAGGGCAUGACCGACCGGAGAGCCGUUAGGGACGAGGAGGAUGGUGAAAAUAGAGGCUCUGGUGGCAUUCAGAUGGGUAUCCCCGAUGACUUGGAUGAGCAUAAUGCGAACUGGGGAAAGCCAGGGUAUUUGGUGCAGUCUGAUCCUUCCAUACCUGGUUAUAAUGGAGAGCGGCUGUUGAUGCAGCAGCAAGUGGGUGUGGAGGCUUCAUUACCACUCUACGUGACACCUCUGGACUCUAACCUGCAGAAGAACCGCGCGCGUGUGAUGAAGCGAUCGUUGUUGACAGGGUCAGAGCCCGAGAAGUUGGGUUUCAGGAAUAGCAGAAGGGAUCGCCGUGGAUCUCGGCCACAGAAGCCUCAGGUACCUGAUCAGCAUCCUUUCCAACAAAUUCAAGAGCAAGCAGCACUUCCAGUAUACCAUUAUCCCACGCAGCUUAAACCACAGCACCAGCAACCUGUGGUCGGGAAGCACCGUCGCAUGAAGUGGAGUCCCUUACCUGCCGAGUGCCUCCAGUACGAAUCGUGGACCAUGACAGAUUGGGAUUUCUUCUUCGACUUGAACCCUCUCCGCCGCUAUGUCCGGGUCUUGACACGGGAGUCUAUGUCCAUGCAGUAUUUGGCUGAUCGAUUCAACCUGACGCUGCCCAAGGAGGAAGAUGAGCAGAAUUCAGCCACUACUAAAGCGACUGCUGCGAUUGAUGGAUCUAACGUUGGCACUGGUAUCACGAGCAAAGAAGGCAAGGAGGAAAAUAAGGACAAAGGCAGCGCCGAGGGCGAUGCCAGUGCAGGAGAAGAAGGAGAUGAGAAGAAGAAAUCCUUGAUUUUGCGCACUGAAGGGGACGUCCUCUUUUUUGACGACUCGAGCCUUUACGACUACCGCUUCACAGAGAACCCCGAUGCUGAAGAAUCGAUCAGGGCACGGCUCAAGUACCAGGAAGAGUUUACGGUCGAGUGGCUAGCCCAGCGUCCAGAGCGGCUGAUUCAUCUGGGCUCGAUCUUUGGGACAGGACGGGUGAGCAUCGACUCGUUGGAAAGCAAAGCCUGGUUGUUGAUGAUUCGAGACCAUUUGAUUUUGGGGACGGAUAUCCUGCAGACGACCAGCCAGAGGAUCGCAGACAAGAUCAGCGGACGUGUUGUUACUGCUGCUGAUACUGAUGCUGAUGUUGGGGGUACUCAUCCGGACAGACAGGCAUACGGUGGUACAGUGCUAUCUGAUUCGAUGAUGGAUGCAGGGUUUGUUGGGAUCCAUAUCCGCAUGUCGGAUGGACACUUUUCGUUAACUGCGCGGGAGACGAUUGAGAAUUCCCGGCAGGAACUGAUGUGGCAGGUUGGUAUCACGGGCGAGGAGGAAUAUAUGGGUGGGGAUGAUGGUGGCAUUAAGCGCGAGGAGCGGGGUCGGUUGUCGAUUGAACAGUGUCGGUCCAGGGCCCUCAACCACCGUCGAACACUGCAGAGACAACUGAGGAAACAACGAUCACAACCACAACAGCAUUCAAUCUCGCAAACAUCUCCAUCGACUCCAAGACGCCGAUCGAACGGUCAGUUUACGCCCAUCUAUCUCGCGACAGACGCGCAUCGGCCUCGAGCGAAUCCGAUUUUUGACAAGCUGUUCGAGACGUUUGAGUGCAUCUUUACGUUGGAUGAUUUCUCAGAGGAUUUGGAGCUACUGCACCAUUUCCGGAACCCAGAGGACGGAACACUGAUGGCCAAGUUCUUGAUCCCGAUGGUCGACGCGAUGGUCGUGGCCAAGUCCGCGGCGUUCUUUGGUACGCCUGCGAGCACGUUCUCAAACUACAUUCAGAGGCAGCUUCGACCGGCUUACACGGGCCUUUAUGAUUAG